ACAACACUUCUGUUUUAGAGUUUUAGCCAAAUUGCUAGACAUUAAUUUAUAGGACGGAAAUCGAUGAACACGUCCCUUUUUAUAAUUUCUUCUCUGCUUCGUUUUUUCAAACAAGUUCAUAACCAUUAAGAUUAUAAUGAAUAGCGAAGAGCCACCUAAACUUGUUUCUAACCUUUUACUUCCCGAACUUGAACGACAGUUGAGAGAAGAUAAAAAUUUAUGGCCGAAUUUAAAAGGCUUAUUUAUUGUAACAGUAACCAAGAAACGUAAACCAGCUGCUACAUGGUAUUUUGUGCUUCAAGGUAUAGAUAUUAUGCCAUUGAUUACUGCCUCUGAAGAAGCAGCUCAAGCUGGUGUAAAGGGUAAUAUCAGAAAGGUGAAAAUACAAGUAGAAGACAAUGAUCUCCUGAACUUUAUAACUGGAGGUAUGACAGGUGUAAAGGCUUAUAUGACAGGAAAAAUCAAAGUAAAAGGUGACCUUUUGCUUGCUCAAAAGUUAGAAGAAGUUUUUGAGAAAGUGGGUGGUAGAGAGAGAGCAAUUGAAUUUAUCCAGAAAAACAACGAUGCUUUACUCGCCAUAAAUAAAUCAAAACUGUAAGGCUGAUGCAUGAUAUUUACAACUGCUUUAAUCCUACAACAGCAGUAGUGGGUAAUCAGUUAACGCUUAGCAUAUAUUCACAAUAUAAAUACUUGUAAACCAUUUUGAUGGAAUAUAAAUUUUGUUCCUGCGCGCAAAUUUUCGGAUCGAGUUGUAAAAUUCUCAAAUACAACAGCCAAUUGAAAUUAAAUGAGUUUGAAAAUUAGUAUAAAUAACGUUCAUCUUUCUGAAGAAACUUACAAGAAUCAACAAGACUUCUCUCUAUUAUCUUUUAUUUUUAUAAACUUCUAUUCUCCCCUAUUCUGAAAGGGUUAAAUCACUUACAUUUAAGGUCUCAUCCUUAUC